CGAUUUUUUUAACGACGCCACUGUGUAAAUGUCAUCCUCAUCAAUGCCAUCAAUAUUCAUGUCAUGUCAAAACAUCAUUAUUUCUUUAUUUUUCAUGUUUAAGUAAUUUUUUAUACAAAAAAUGUCUUGCCGAAAAGCCAGCAAAGGUGUUAAACCCAUUAAAGCCGUCUAUGGUAGAAAUAUCUUCGAUUCGAGAGGGAUACCCACAGUAGAAGUCGAUCUGGUGACAGAUCUGGGCCUGUUCAGAGCCUCUGUACCAUCUGGAGCAAGCACAGGCGAUUACGAAGCGGUUGAAAUAAGGGAUGGAGUAGCAAAAGAUUACCACGGCAAAGGCGUCUUCAAAGCCAUAGACUACGUGAACAACGUCAUCGGACCGGAACUAUGUAAACAAGAAAUGGACGUUACCCAACAAGAAAAAAUCGAUCAAUUUUUAAUCGAUCUAGACGGAACAGCCGAUAAAUCGAAGUUCGGAACUAACGCCAUUUUGGGAAUAUCCUUAGCCGUUUGCAAGGCUGGCGCCGCCAAAAGGGGUCUGCCAUUGUAUAGACAUAUCGCCGAUUUGGCAGGAAUUAAGGAUUUGGUGAUGCCCGUGCCUGCUUUUAAUGUCAUCAAUGGAGGCGCGCAUACCGGCACUAAAUUAGCAAUGCAGGGAUUUAUGAUUCUGCCGACCGGCGCGACAAGCUUUGCGGAAGCGAUGAAAAUGGGCACCGAAACGUACCACCAUUUGAGAGCCUUGGUGAAAGAGCAGUACCAAAUGGACUCUGUCGGCGACGAAGGGGGAUUUGCUCCGAACAUAUCGGAUGCCAAAGAUGCAUUGAACCUGCUAACGACGGCCAUCGCCAAUGCGGGAUACGUCGGGAGGAUCGAGAUCGCCAUCGAUGCAGCAGGAACGCAACUAUUCAAAGAAGGUCUGUACGACUUGGAUUUCAAAAAUCCGUCCUCCAACAAGGGGAAAUGGAUGAAACCGGAAGAACUGUUUAACCUUUACAAGAGCUACAUCGACUCGUAUCCGAUUGCUUCCAUACAAGAUCCUUUCGAACAAGACGAUUUCGAUGCUUGGACGAACAUGACGAAACAAGUUCAGAUACAGAUCGUCGGAGACGAUUUGACCGUCACCAAUGCGAAGAGAAUUCAGAAAGCCGUCGAUAGUUCGGCAUGCAAUUGCUUGUUGUUGAUGCUCAAUCAGAUCGGCACAAUAACUGAAUCAAUAAAGGCGCAUUUGUUGGCGAAAAGCAACGGCUGGGGCACGAUGGUGUCGACCAGAUCCGGAGAGACCGAAGACACUUUCAUAGCCGACUUGGUAGUCGGCUUGUCGACCGGCCAAAUAAAGGCCGGAGCGCCGUGCAGAUCGGAAAGGUUGGCCAAAUACAAUCAGAUUUUAAGAAUCGAAGAGGAACUGGCCCGAGACACGCGGUACGCCGGCAAAGCGUUCAGAAAGCCGAUUUAAUUUCGCUAAUGAUUUAUUUAUUUCGGGUUAUGUCGUAAAAUGUAAUCAAAUCUAUGUUACCUAAUCGUCGGAAAUUAAAUUUUAUACUAUU